ACGCGGCUAAGGCGUCAGGGAAGAAAAAGGGGACGACUCUGUCCCAAUUGAAGAAAAGGGCCGUGCCAGCUGGCUCGGAGACUCCGAGUACCUUCAAAAAGCCCAAACCUAUACCCCGCCGUCUGGUGAAGAAGGGCGAGUCAAAGGUUGCUGAGGGGGGUCGCCCUGAUGACGAUGAGAUUGGCGUGGACAAGCCGUCUCUGAUUGUGGACUUGGUGUCCAAAUCAAAGUCUGGUGGGCAUCCUGACGAGUUGGAGGACCCUCUUUCGGGAAUUCCGGCCGACGUCCGUUCCCAGAUUCCUGCGGAGGUGGCCCGCCGAGCUAGGUCAUCGGGCGCUAAAGACAAAGGGAAGGAUGCAGCUGCUGCAGAGGACGAGAACGUACCCGCUACUCCUCACUAUUCGUCAAAGGAUAGGGUGGCUAUAUGCCGUAAGGUAUUUAAGGCCGUCCCCGCAGAGUAUGUUGCUUCUCUUCCUGGCCGCAAGACUGACGCCCAGUUUGGUGCAAUCCAGGCCACCCUACUCGACUUGUUCUGCCGCAUGGAAUUCUGCAAGAGUUGGAAGACGCGCACUGCUGAGGAGCUCAAACCUCAGGUGGCUGAGUCCACCCACCAUGGCGACUAUGCGUUCAAAUCCAUUGAAGAGGUCCGCCUGCAGAUGCAGACGACCAUAGACCUUCAAGCAAAGGAGGUAGCUUCAUUGAGGUCUGACAAGGCCGAGCUGCUUAAGAAGAUCUUGGCGCAGGACAAAGACAUGGUGACAAUGGUCGAGGAGGCCAAGACAGCGGCGGCGGAAAUACGGACGCUUCAGGACCAGUUGCGGGAGUACCCUCAGGUCAAAGAGGCGGCUGAGGAAGCCGAGCAUCUUCGGGGGGAGCUGGAGACGGCCAGGCCGCAAGUUCGCACCUUGCGUGAGCGUCUUCUGGAAUCCUAUGAUCAGGGGGAGCAAGCGGCCAAGGACGCUGUUAAGCACGCCUGGGAGAGCCACAUGCCAGAGUAUGAUCUUGCGUGGUUCCAGCGGCGAUUGGAUCACAGUGCCGCUGUGUUGGCUGCUGAGCGUCUCGGUCAGCCGCCCCCUGAGUUUGUACCUUCUGAUGAUGAGGACGAUGUGGCUGCUCCCUGAUUUGCUUCCUUCCAAGUUCUUCAAAAUUUUAUUCAAGUGUUCCCAUGCCUAAGGGCAAAAAUAAUUAUUUUGUUAAGUUUUGGCGCUGCUGGCGUCUGUACCAUUGUGCCUGCUGAGCACACAACAAUUUCUUUCUUUUUUGUUUUUGAAUUCUGGGCUACUUUUACACGCCUUUCUACGGGCGUUGUUUUAUAAGUAAAUAGGUUAUUUUUGUUGCUUCUUUUAUCUCGCAUUUAUUUGCUCUUCGUAAUUUGAUUAUUCCUUAAUCAAUAGGCUUAAUCAAUAGGUAUGGUAGCCAAGGUGCAACUGAGUAUACACUAAGCACGUUGGUGCCGCAGGCAACUGAGCAUGCGCUAGGCACUACUGUGGUCGUCUC